ACAUAUAGUUCUCUUCCUUUUCGCCGGCAACACUGUCAUUUACUUUUCUAAGCAUGUUAAUCAACUUAUUACUAUGCGCGGCAGCGUUUGCGUAUAUUGGAGAAUGUAGUGAACAAAAUCUUGUAGACCAUUAUGUAAAGAUCAUCACAGAACUUAAAGCAAAAGCGUACACCAAGCCAUUGCCAGAAAAUGCAGAUCAACACGCCCCUGAAGCAGAAGAACGUAUAGAUUAUGGUACGUUUGACCACAUUAUCGUGGGAGCGGGGGCCGCUGGGUCUAUAAUAGCGAAUCGCCUUUCGGAAAACAGCUCGCGACGUGUACUUGUGCUGGAAGCCGGUGAAUAUGGUACAGAUUUGACAGAUAUCCCAGAAAUUCGUACCUAUUUAACUGAUUCAAACUACAACUGGGGUUACCUGUCUGUUCCACAAACUACUGCGUGCUUAGGUUAUAAAGAUCAGCGAUGUAUUCUAUACAGGGGCAAAGGAAUUGGUGGCAGUACCAUAAUCAACGGUUUAAAUUACAUUAGAGGAAAUGAUAGGGAUUAUGAUAAUUGGUACAAACAAGGAAAUGCUGGAUGGUCCUACAAGGAUGUGUUGCCUUACUUUAAGAAGUCAGAAAAUUAUUUGGAGGGGGAUCCCGAGUAUCACGGCAAGGGCGGAUACUUGAAUGUGGAAACCUGGAAAGAAAUAAACGUGCAGACCCAAGCAUUCUUUGAUGCGCACAAGCUGUUAGGAAUGAAGGAGGUGGAUUUCAACGGAGAGAGCCAAUUAGGUUAUGGGAAACCGCAGUUCAAUAUUAAAAACGGAAAACGACAAAGUACAGGCAACGCAUUCAUAUUACCUAUUUUGAGCAGGCCAAACCUUGAAGUACUGACAAACAGUUACGUAACCAAGAUCCUUAUUGAUAAGCACAAGAGAGCCUCUGGCGUAGUGUUUACUCGAAAUGGAAAAUACUGGGAAGCAAGGUCGCGGAGUGAUAUCAUUCUUUCAGCGGGUGCAUUCGGUUCGCCUCAUUUACUAAUGCUGUCCGGAAUAGGCCCAAGGUCUCACCUAGAAAAUGUCGGAAUACCUGUUGUCCAAGACUUGCCAGUAGGUGAGCACCUUUUUGAUCACACAGGCUUUUACUAUUUGGACUUCACUACUAAUUACACUGAAACUGAGCGCCCUCUAGACGAUCUUGUGCAAAACUACAUCGCAGGAGGUGGUCCACUGGCUAAUGCGUUUGCAAUGCAGGGCAUUUCCUUUUUACAGACAAAUCGAUCAAAGAACACAGACUAUCCAGAUGUAGAGAUUAUGAUAAUCCCUUCCAUUAAUAGUAACGAAUUCACCGCGAAGUUCUGGAAUAUCAACGAUGACGUGUUAAAUGAUGUGUCAAAAGAUAACGAUCCCAGGCGCAGCUUUACGAUCGUCGGCAACAUCAUGCAUCCCAAGUCAGAAGGCUUCGUUCGCCUAAAUUCCAGCAAUCCUUUCGAUUAUCCCGUUAUCAACCCCAUGCAGCUCUCAGAUCCCGAUGGGGUAGACAUUGAAACCAUGUAUGAAAUGCUUGAGUUAGUGUUGGAAAUGAUAAAUACGGAACCAUUCAAAAGACUCGACACGAAACUGAAAUAUGCACCAUUGUCAGCGUGUAAGGAUCAUGAGUACAAGUCGCGAGAUUAUUGGUACUGCUUUUUGAGACAACUCGCCGUUCCAUUUUUCCAUUCGACUGGAACGUGCAAAAUGGGCACCCAUCCCAGUAAGGGAGCCGUCGUGAACCCGGAGCUCAAAGUGUUCGGCGUUGACAAUUUGCGAGUUGCCGAUGCAAGUAUUAUGCCAUCAACUGUAUCAGGUCAUACUAGUGCACCUACUAUGAUGAUUGGAGAGAAGGCGGCAGACCUAAUACGGGGCAUGAUCACGAAAUAAAGUUUUCUCAAUUGAUUUACUAUGUAUAUUUACACCAUUAAAUAAUUCGAUCAUAGUCCA